AUGAAGCACGUCAGGUUCCAACUGGCAGAAGAGGAAGAGACCUUUCCCAGUAUGGUGACGCUUUUCUAUCGCAGCCGGGACUACUUGAAUACGGAGUUUUGGGAGGAGCUCGUAGCUUUUGAAGGAUGGGAGAUGAGAUGCCCUCCACUGACCAUGAGGACCAGAUCCGGAGGCUCUGCGACAUCCUCGCGGAGGAGUGCGCGCUUUCCGUCCGCGGAUCGUAGUCAGUCCAGUCCGGCUCUUUUCUGGUUGCUGGACGAGACGUGGGUGACUCGCAAUGAGCCGGACUGUUCAGGUACCUCGCUGGUGCUGGGGUGCAGUGCGGGGCCUUGGAGGGUUCCACCGCAGGCUGAUGGUUCACCACGGCUCCCCUUGGGCAAUGGGCUUGGAGGGCGAGUGCACGGGGAGUUCUCCCUGGUGGAUCUCCAUUACCAGCUCCGGGACCUGCAAGACUUUGUGGAGGCUCGCUUCAAGGAGCAGGUCGAGCUCUUGAAGCCCUUGCUGAAAGGGAAAUGCACCAGCCGAGCGUCCCGAGACGAGCCCGAGCCCCACGGCCACGCCACGCGGGUGAGCAUCGAGGAGGACGAUCCGCCCUCGGAUCCGCCCUACGUGUCACCGAUCCUCCAGAGCCCUCGGAUCAGCCCCCGGCUCAAGGAAAGCAUCCAGGUGGAGCGCACCCGUGACUCCGCGCAGUCCCGGCAAUCCAAGCAGUCCUACGGCAGCAUGACGAGCGAGCAGCGCACCUCGCUGCCCAGCAACCUCAGUGCGGCCUCGGACCACGGGUCCCUGGCCAGCCUGGCGAGCGCCAUGUGGGAUGAGACAGGGAUGCGGUUCCGCGAGAAGGCCAGGAAGCAAGCAGUCCGGCUGCGGGAGAGCAGACUCUCACCCGGUCGCGCUCCAUCGCGCGUGGAAAAAUACGCCGAUCGCGUGAACCAGAUCGUCACGUCACCGCUGUUCACCAACAGCAUCAUGCUCUUGAUUAUGAUCAACGUGAUCUUGCUGGGCGUGGAGGUGGAUUUGUCUGCUGGAGUGGGCAUCAGCGAUGUUCCGUCCUGGCUGAGCUGGGCCAAUGCGGCCUUUGUGGGCAUUUUCUGCAUCGAGUUGCUGCUCAGAUAUGCGGCAGUGGGGCGACGAGCCUUCUGGUGCGGGGAGGACAGCUCUUGGAAUGUCUUUGAUUUCGUGGUCAUCACUGUGUCAGUUGCCGAUGUCGCCUUAGACUACAUGGCGGUCUGGCUGAGCCCUUCGGUCAACGCCGGGCAGCUGCGCUUGGUGCGCUCCAUCCGCUUGGCGCGGGCGCUCCGGGGCAUUCGCAUCGUCUGGCUUUUUGAGUACGUGGGCGCACUGAGAACACUGGCGCUUUCCAUCAUCAGCACGUCGGGUUCGCUCUUCUGGACCCUGGUGAUCUUGGUGAUCCUGGUGUAUAGCUUUGGAGUGGUGGUCACGCAAUUGGUAGUGGAGCACUGUCGAGGUCUGGCUGCGGAAGCUCAACAGGACCCCAAUGCGAUCCCGAACUGUGCGGAGUCCCCCGGCCUGGACGGUCUUGACCGGUACUGGUCCAGCGUCCCGGGAAGCAUGCUCACCCUUUUUGCCUCCAUCUCGGGUGGUUUGGACUGGGAAUCGGCGCUCCAGCCGCUCUUCAAAGUCUCCUCCUGGGCCGUUGGCCUUGUGAUCCUUUAUAUUGCGGUGACGGUGUUUGCCGUUCUUAAUGUUGUGAUUGGUGUAUUCUGUAACACGGCCAUAGAGAAUGCCAGCGUGGACAAAGAGUUGGCCAGCAUCAAGCAAGUGUACACAAAGAGCAAUCAGGUGCACACCUUGCAGAAGAUCUUCUACGAGAUCGAUGCCACGGGCACCAAUGAGGUGAGCAUCGAGGAUUUAGAAGAUGCCAUGACGAGGGGGGAGCUCUCAAGCUUUCUGGAAUCGAUGGGCAUCAGCACUGAUGACGUCUGGACGCUGUGCAUCUUGCUGGACACUGACCAGAGCGGGACCAUCGAUUUGGAAGAGUUUGUGUCAGGUUGCAUGCAGCUGCAUGGCCCUGCGAAGAGCAUGCAGCUGGCGAAGAUGAGCUACGAGAAUCGGGUCACCCGAAGGGCGUUGAAGCAAGUGCAGCAGGAUGUGCACCUGGUGAAGACCUUGCUGACGACCACCCAUCCGUCCGCGCCGAAUCUCACCAAUGAGGCCUUUUAG